GCAGGAAGAGAUUAGACCUGCGUGUUCAUGUAUCGGCAGAAAGACACGAAAAGACCCCGAUGGUGCUGAGGCUCUUUCGCUCCUCCGCGCGAUUGUCACCGUGACGAGGACCAAUUAAAGACACGCGUUGCAGAAUGAAACCGCAGGGAAACAUUUCUCACAAAACAAGCGACCCCCACCCGUCAAGAAACCAGGGUCAAAGUUCACAGGAAGCUGGGGGGCUGCCAUUUUUCUCCGCUGCUGCUACUGCUAACAUUUAACGUUAGAUGCUAAAGCGACGGGGUUUUAGGUUUUGUUAGCUAGCUUGAAUCAACGGAACGACACCGUAACGUACACAAUCCGCCAUUCCCCCGACCGCUGACGCGAACAACCGUCGUUAUUGGAUGAAUUCGGCAUGGAGAAAGUAGCGGAGCCGUCUUGGACUUCUUCGUACACCUACCAGGUGAGCAAGCACAGUGCGGAGAUGCUACACAACCUCAACGUUCAGAGGAAAGAUGGAGGCAGGUUCUGCGAUGUGGUCUUGCGCGUCGGCGAGGAGAGCUUCCCUGCUCACAAGGCGGUGUUGGCCGCAUGCAGUGAGUAUUUCGAGUCGGUCUUCAGUCGCCCCACGGAGGGUGACGGAGACGCGAAGGAGCUGGAGAUGCACACGAUCAGUCCCAAAGUUUUCAAAGACAUCCUGGACUUCGCGUACACGUCCAGGAUCGUUGUCAGGCUCGAAUGCUUCCCGGAGCUGAUGACAGCCGCCAAGUUUCUGCUGAUGAGGUCGGUGAUUGAGAUCUGUCAGGAGGUCAUCAAACAGUCCAACGUGCAGAUCUUGGUCCCGACCUCUCGGGGAUUAGACGCCAGCCUUUUCCAGGCCACGGGAGCCGCGGAGCUGGGUUUCCCGGUGGCACAGUCGGAUUUUGUAAACGGAACAGGAAUGCUGAUGAACGGUCAGAGCUUUGCUAAUAACACGCAGAUACACCUGGAUGGGAGCGAGGACACCGCCGCCGUGUCACUGGAAGACGGCGGUGAGUCGUCAGUGCCGAUGAUGGAGUCUGUCGACGGAUUGCCCGUCUCCCCAUCCACAGACUUGACGGAGAACACACUUCAUCACGAAGACGAUUCUCCGGGCUCUAAGAGGAGCAGAGGGAGACCAAAGAAAGCUGGUGGUGCGGUGGAGACUGUCUUCAAUCACAGCAUAAUGAAAGACAACGGGCUGUUUCCUUGUGGCACCUGCGGUAAAGCUUUCACCGAAGCUUCCCGAUUGAAGAACCACGAAGCGCAACACGGAGCCCAGAGCGGCGGAGCACACCACCUGAAUGACAGCCUGUCAUCGGCGGGCGGCGCGUCUCUCGUGUCCCAUCCCGGCAUGGUGCAAAACGGCUUGCAGUUACACGGAGCUCUAACGCUGGAUAACGGUCGCAAACGGGAGAGGACCAGGCGACACGUCGGCUGUGACAUUUGCGGGAAAGUUUUCCGUGACGUUUACCACCUGAACCGACACAAGCUCUCCCAUUCCGGGGAAAAGCCGUACGCGUGUCCGGUGUGCGGGUUGCGGUUCAAACGCAAGGACAGGAUGUCUUACCAUGUGCGCUCCCACGAUGGCUCAGUCGGAAAACCAUACGUGUGCCAAAGCUGUGGGAAAGGUUUUUCAAGACCUGACCAUCUGAAUGGACAUAUCAAACAAGUUCACACAACAGAGAGACCCCACAAGUGCCAGAUUUGUAAUGCCUCUUUUGCCACAAGAGAUCGCCUCCGGUCACACCUUGCAUGCCACGAGGACAAAAUCCCCUGCAAAGUUUGUGGCAAGUUCCUGCGUGCUGCCUACAUGACCGACCACCUCAAGAAACACAGUGAAGGGACACACAACUACUGUGGCAUUUGCAACAAAGGUUUCUCCACCGCGUCCUACCUUAAGGUGCAUAUAAAGACACACCAUGGCUCUCCACUGCCCCCCACUGCCACAAUGCACACCUUCCCUGAGCCACGGGGGGGACUGCAGAUGCACAACGGCACCCCUUACCACAUGGGACGCCAGUGCUCAGUGGAAGACCUGUGCGCCAGUCGCCAGCUGCUUCUCACCUCGUCUGAGGCAGAGGCUCGCUUUCAUGGGCUCUCUGGACACCCAGUGCUUCCCCAGCCUGGCCCUCCGGCCUCGGGCGUGCAGCCCGAGCUGCUCAUGGGGAAGCCAGGUGGGACUCCGUAUUUCUGGGAUAGUCGCUCUGACGGGGUGCCUGGCUUCCCUGUCCAUGGGCCUGUUACAGAUGGACAGGAAAACACCGGGAAAUGUCCUCACCUGGAAUCAGAAGAAUCCGAUCCUUCAUUCGGUGAAUUAUCCAACUGUGAUGAACUUAAAUCCCCUCAAAAACCCGAUCAGCCAGAGCUCGAGACGCCCUCUUUAUCCUGCAACGGAGCCUCUGCGGGGGCACUGGGGUCCCCCGAGGGAUCCAAAGCCAAGACGGACCCUGAGAAGAAGUUUACCUGCGCGAUCUGCGGUCAGGCCUUCCGCACCAAGUCCUACCUCAACAAGCACCAGCACAGAGUUCACAAAACCCAGAAAUCCCAGGCCGUUUCAGGGUCCAGCUUAAGUGAGCUGGCUCCAUCCCUGAGCUCCCCGUUCUCCCCACAGCAAAACAUGUCUCUGCUGGAGUCCUUUGGCUUUCAGAUUGUCCAGUCUGCUUUUGCCUCUUCACUGGUCGACGCUGACGCAGGUCAAAGUGGACUCGACUUUGGAGGGAAGUGACGUAUUUUGAGUUGUUACGAAGCUUCUCACUUUUUUGGACGAAGCUGGGUCGCCCGCAGAAGAUGCUCUGUAUUUGGGAAUAACUUUGCCUCAAGACUACUUUUUCUGUUUGUUACGUUGCUUAAUUUGUGUAUCCGAUAUUUUUGUCAGACUGCCAUACGAUUCCUACUUUUUUCUACGUUUUUCAGAGUAUGGAAAGUGCACGGUGUGUAAAUGUCCUUUGUAAAGAAAAUUACAUGAAGGAAGUUUUUCCUUUAUCUUGAAGUUAUAUUUGCUAGGCUUUCAGUUGUUUUUGGCUUGUGUGUGUUGAACUCAGCCAAACGUACAACAUGUCCCUGAGUUAGUUACUGCAUUCUUUAAAAAAAUGAGAGUUUCUUUUGACUCAUUUACACUGCUCUGAUGAACUUGGCGACUCGACCCUUGGCCAUCACAACAGUUCUUAACGUCUCGUGUUCCCCGUUUUCCCUGCAGGCUGUAAACAUACGUCUUUACCUCAGAGCAACAAGAGGGCUAGUUUCUGUGUUUCUGUUCUUCUCUGCUUCUUAUAUAUAUAUAUUUUUUUGUUUUUGUUUGUUUUUAAAGAUGAUUUUGUUUUUCCUUCAGAACAUAGAGUUAAAUCAGCCUCGCAAAAGUAGGUUUUUUCUUUACUUUCUUUAAUUGCAAAAAGCAUCUUCCUGACAGGCCCACGGCAUAUUUCAUUACACAUUUAUUAGUCAAUUUAAAUGCUGCUGAUUGACGCUGACAGUUGUCAAGGACCUUUAGGUUGUUAUUGUUGACGGGUUUGUAGUUGACAACAGUUGAGAAGCACUUUUAAAACACGUACGAGUAAAACUUAAACUUUAAUCCUGGCAAAAGAAUAAUUAAGCUACCUCGUAGAAGAUAUUUACAACAUAGUAUGUUCAAUUCAAAACUAAGAAAACAAUUUUUUGCAGCCCCAAUUAA